UUUUAGGGAUUGAUCAUGGCUAAAGAAUAUAAGGAUAAGAAAAAACCUCAUUGGGAGCCAUCUCACCAAAUUAAACGUCCAGAUGGAAUAAAAUCUUCAGACUACACCAAUGCCAAACAGUUCAUUCCUUCCUAUGAAAAAGAACCUACUAAAAUGGCCUACAUAAUGAGCAAUGAAUAUGCAAGAAUUUGGCAAAAAGAACGAGAAGAAUUCGACAAGUCUGUUGUUCAAGAAACUAAGCCCCCUGCCAAGAAGAUCAUUGUUAGAGGGGUAAAGAAAAAGCCGAAUCUCAAGAAAGAUAGUGAAAUAAACGUCAAUUUGAAAAAGGGAAAAUCUAAAAUUCUGAAACCUUAGUUAAAAAUUAAAUGUGCAAAGCAAUUUAUAACUCUUGUUGAUGUUCAUAAAAUUGUGUACAUUAAACUGACAAAUUUCAGCAUA